CAACCUCUUCAAACUCCCAUCUACCGCAACUCAACAACUCCAAUCAAUACACAUAUAUCCAGUCUUGCAAUGAAGAGAGCUUUAACGCACGCACCUUCUUCUCUGAGACUACCCUCCUCCACCAACGCCGUGCGCUACUAUUUCUUUUCUAGCACCACAUCACCUGCACAACCUGCCAAGGAAUCAACGGAACCAACCCAGCCGGCUAAGAGCUCGACUCCAGAAACACCAGCAGAGCCAGUCAAGGUCAAUGUCAGGGCCAAGACAAUCGCGGAGCUCGAUGAGGAGCUGAAGCUUAAGCUGGAGGAGAUCAGUGGGGAGGGCGGGGCGGCGGGGUUGGAGUAUGAGAAUGGGAAGGCGGUGGCGAUGAAGAGGGGGGUGAAAGAGAACAUGUUUAGGCUGAUAUGAGGUGGACGUCUCGGUGUCUGUGGUUGAGCGAGCUGAUGUUCAGUGAGGUUGGGGGGGGAUGUGUAUUUUAGAUUUGGUGGUGUAUUUUAGCUUUGGUGGUGUAUCAGCCCUUUGUAUUUGGAAUUUAAUAGUUUCUGGUUUUUAUUACUGACAUCUAUUUAUGGAGAAUCAAUACCGGACG